AUGGAGGAAUCUUUUAACGUUGAAUGUGAUGAAACUUACAGUCCGCCUAGAGCAAUUUUAAGCAGCGUCAAAAUGGAGUUGCUCGAAUUUUCAGCUCUACACAGUGAUGUUGCUGUCAAAGUACCAGUUAUAUCCAAAUUCAAUUCUUCUGGUGGGGAGGAGGGUGCGCCUCUGAAUUUGACUGGAACCCCUUUCUUCUUUUCCUCAGACAAUUAUUUCUUUGCAGUGGGUUGCAAUACUCGUGCAAUGUUUUGGACUGGUCACGGAUCUGAACAUAUGGGCUGCGACUCAAUCUGCUUAGACGGUAGUUUCAAUAUUUCUGAUUGGGCAGAAACCAAUGGCGCCAGUUCUGGUAAUGAAGACUGUCGGGAUAUAAGCAUUCCUUUCAAACUUCAGGAUUUUAAAUCAAGUUUCGAGCCCAAAGAUGGAAAACAAAGAAUUAAAGGGCCUAACCAGGCCUUCUUAGUAGCCUAUGGGUUUGAAGACAACAUAAAGAGUCAGCUAGAAAUGAAGAAUUUGACAAGCAUGCCAAUGGCUAUCAGGGCAACCCUUACCUUGAAUGCAUAG